AUGAGGAAAUGUGAGGAUGUCCAGGAGCAACUGGCCAACCAGGAAGUGCAGGUGCCCCUGUCCCAGCUGAGCAGCCUAAAACAGGAAAUGGCCCAGCUGAAGGAAUGGUCUUCAGGCCUCAUUGAACGACGACAGCAGCUGCACACUAACCUGGCCCAACUUACACAGGCUGUGGAGCGCAUAGAGAACCGCACUACUGCUAUCUCCAGUGAUGUGACAGCCAAAGUAGCCUCAGUUCGAACAGAUGUAAGGCGCAUGGGGGGCCUGGAGGGUGAUGUGGAAGGUCUCCUGACCAAGACCAAUGAGCUUGAAGAGAAGGUCUCUCAAGUCGAGAAACUCAUGGCCAAACGCAUCGGGGAGGUGCUAGCAAACAGCAUUAGUCGUGUUGCAGACCUGAGGAGCCUUAUGGAGAAAAACACAAAGAGUCUAGAACAAAUGCGCAAACGCAUUCCAGAACUUUCCGUCACUGACACGAAGCUUGCAGAGCGUAUCCUGGCUCUGGAGAGCGGCCGAGCCAAGCUGGCAAGGACAGUAAUGUUCGCAAGCGACCUCCGACCCAAAGUUUCCACCAUCAAGAGGGACUUUGCCAUGCUGGAACCACAGCUGGUUGAUUUGACUCUGAGGAUCGGCCACUUGGCUGAAGACGUCAUGAAAAGGGAAGAAGACAUUUCGCAGAUCAAGGAGACUUUAGCAAACUUUGCAGUAGUCAAGAAGGACCUUAAACAGGCUCAAGAAGUCUUGACAGUGGAAGUAACUACUGAUGUUCCACACCAGAUUGACCUCAGACAAACAAUGAAUCACCCAGAACUGUAA